UUAGUUCAAAUCUAAACGGUGACAGGUCGGGACGCCCGCGUGACUGUGCUCGAUUUUGGGCGCGCGUCGCGACAAGACAAAAACUCACAACGAAUCUGUUUUGUAUAAUGGAUAACCAGGCUGAAGGAGACUCGAAGAUCGACCGAUGAGAAAGAAACGCGCAUUCGAUCGACAAGCACCGUAUGUGCAAGGCUUCUGGAAUCUUUUUUGUUUUUUGGUUCCAACGAUCGUUUCCGUUCUCUCCGUGUCGUGCUUUUUUCCUCUCCUGGACCUAGCUGCCUUGGCGACAACGCUUUUUUUCCCCUCGCUGCAUUCGAGUAAACGCUCAUUGCAUUGUCGCGACGCGUGCGCCCAAACAUUCUCUUCUCUGUUUAACUAAAGACUCUGUGAGGAAUAAAGUUUUUUUUUCACCGUCGUUCGUCGAUAGUUCUCAUGUGUCGAUAAAUCUGACUUAACAAGACAUCCAUUAUACAAUAAGUACGUCACAUCGCUGGUGAAUAAAUACGGAACUAAAAGAAAGAAGUGUAUUAUUACUUAUGAAAAUUAAACAGGGAAGAGAGAGAGAGAGAGAGGCAGAGAUAGUGUGUGUAAUCAAGACGAAGCGAGAUAGAAAGGCACACGAAGUUCUUAUGUUUUCACAGGUCUCAUGAGAAUUGCGUGUUGACCUUUAUAUAUUGUAAAUAGCAACGAAUAGUGAACGACUGAUAAACAAACUUCUGUCGAACAUUGAAAAAGCUAUCGAACAUGUUUAUCGCGUUAAAGAUCGAACUGAUGUAGUGGGGGGACCAGGGGUUCAAUAUUUAUCAAAGAUACACAAAAUAUUAACAAUAUAUUAACGGAGAGUUUUGGCGAUGGUUCGUGUUGUCGGUACUGUUGGUAGUACGUAAAGUACCGAAGGAGGGAUAGGGAGGGGAUAGUGUUGUCCAGAGGCUGUGGAGUUCGAGUUUUCGGGACUGGAUCCGUCGAAGACCAUUCAGAACCCUCUGACCGCGAGUUUUCUUGGAGGACUAUCCGUGAGAAUGGAUGUAGUGUCGAGUGGACUACUCAUGCCAGCGAAGGUCGUGGAUAUUGCUACCUAUCAUUCGUCUUUUUAUUCUCCGCCACCCACCGAAGCAUCGCGCUCUGGUUACGAUUCUAGUAGCGGAGGAGAAUCUGACAAUGAAUACAAUGUCAUUGCUUGUCGUGGAGCCAGCAAUCAGUCCCAGAAUCCAAACGCGACAAAUGCGAGCAGUAUUGGUCAAGGGAAACACAUAAACAAAGGAAGGUGGACCAAAGAGGAGGACGGUCUGUUGAAGCAGCUAGUAAGCAAUGCCGAGCAGCUUGGGACCGGACUUCGAUGGGAUGUCAUAGCUGGCCAUUUCCCAGACAGAAGUGACGUUCAGUGUCAGCAAAGAUGGGCGAAGGUCGUGAAUCCGGAAUUGGUCAAAGGACCAUGGACAAAAGAGGAGGACGAAAAAGUAGUGGAAUUAGUGGAACGAUACGGACCGAAGAAGUGGACAUUAAUUGCCCGACAUCUAAAAGGCCGUAUCGGUAAGCAGUGUCGGGAAAGAUGGCACAACCAUUUGAAUCCUGGCAUCAAGAAAACUGCGUGGACAGAGGCGGAGGACAGAAUCAUUGUGGAAGCUCACCGCAGGGUGGGAAAUCAAUGGGCGAAAAUAGCAAAACUGCUGCCGGGCAGGACGGAUAAUGCCAUAAAAAAUCAUUGGAAUAGCACUAUGAGAAGGAAAUAUGAAACUGAAGAUGGUGGUAGACCUACUAGCACAAGAGGAAGAGGCAGGAGAAAAGCUACAGAAUCGUCGCUGCUCUCUAAAGAAGCAGAGGAGGAAAUCUCAGGUCAUGGUCGUCUACAGGUAGAUUCGACGAAUAACGAAAAUUCCACAACUGUGUCCACUAUGCAGCAGCACACUCUGGGUAUCGACCAGCUGGACUGGAGCAGAGCUUGGGAUAAUCAACAAAAUAAUCAAACUUUCCAAGGUCUUCUGAAUCUGAAUGAACGGCCGCACAAUAACGAAUCUCGAGUAGAUACGCCUUCAAAAAGAGGAAGUUCUUCUCGAGUCAAGACUGAACAAAUUUCACCUUUCACAAAGUAUUUUGAUAUGCAAAUACAAGGUGAACCGACAAGUUCAAAGAAUUCAGAGAUUAGACUAAUGCCCAUGCCAGACCUGGAGGAAAUGCCAGAAAUAGCGGAGAAAGAAAGGAGCAGUCCACCCCCUAUUCUCCGUCGACGUAGAAAUACUCAGGUCCUUCAGCAGAGGACGGAAAUACCUGAGAAUAUGAACCAACCUGAUUACUUGUUAAUAAGCCAACAACAGCAACAGUCUGGCGUUACCACUCCAUCCACGCCCAUCAAACAAUUGCCAUUCAGUCCGUCACAGUUCUUGAACAGUCUGAGUCCUGAAACCUCCCCCUGGCCACGGGCAAGUACCCCUAAAGGUAGCAGCCCUGGUCCACUCACCACACCACAACCCACUGGUCUUCGACGAAGUCAGAAUGAUGGGAACACACCGAGAACGCCAACACCGUUCAAAAACGCGUUAGCAGAAUUAGAACGGCGCAGCGGCGCGACUACUCAGUUACCUGCCACCCCAAGUCGUCUGGAUGCUUUAACGGAGAUCAUCAAACAAGAAACCGACCGUGAAAGUCUAGCAGGGACUAGCACUAUCCUUCAAGAUUCUGGUUACGGCACGAUUAGACGGCGGGGUAAAGAAAAUAGCGCUCCUGGUGGAAAGAGAGCACGUAAAGCUCUCUGUCAAGCCUGGGCGAACGCUUCCCAGGAUAAUUCCGAAAUAAGUUUCGUUGUAGAAACACCGAGUAAAAGUUUGGACACGUCGGUAUUAUUUUCACCAGCAUCCAUGGCAUUAGAAGAUAGUUUCUUAACAGCAGGCACUAGCCCCGUAAAGCUACAAUUGGAGGCACAAUGGACAACAGUGGCAUGUGGACGCACGCGUGAUCAGCUGGAAAUGACGCGAGCCGCCCGACGGUUCCUCAGCAGCCAUGGAUACCUGCCAUUACGUCCUCGUUCUCUGAAUUUUUAACAGCCUUUCUGCAGCCGGUCGCAGGGGCUCGGUCGCACUUCGUGGUACAAAAAACGCGACAUUAAACUAGUCGUAAUUAAAACUACACGGCGCUUCCGUUUAAGGAAUAUGGCCUUUUUCUAUCAAAACUGUCGAACGAGAUGAGAAAAAUAAAAAAAAACAUGGCGAAGGAAAAAUAAAUCUAUUAGACAAUUUUUUACAGGCUGAAUUCGAAUGCUUUGCGUAUUGGAAUCACGUUUUGUAUUCAUCUUUUGUAAUGUAAUCGCUGAUGUAAUAUUCCGAUGCGUAGCGUGUGUAUACAAGCAAUCGAAUUUUGUUUUAAUAAAGAAAACCAUGUUUCAUCUGAAAUUGCAUCUUGAAAGGAGAGGAAAUGUCACGCUUUACCAAUACUUCUGUUUGUAGUUCGUUCUCAAACUCAAGAAUAACCCGCAAAAACAAAAGCAAAGCAAAAGACAAUUCUGCCUUUUUUUGUAGAUGAUAAAAUGUUGCUACUGUAGUGGUUUAUAAUUAAUAAACGUGAAAAGAAAUAAUAUAAUAAAAAAAUAACAAUAAUAUAAUCUUUGUAACAGUUUCUUACUUUCGUAAACAUUGCUUGUUCCUGAUGGAAUACGUACAAAUUACAUACAUGUGUUGAUAUAUAUGCAAUUUUUUUAAGGAGCAUCAGAGAUAGCAAUGUUCACAUAAAGAAACUCUCACAUGGAUCAUGAUAUUACAUACAAUUUAUUUUGUACUUGAAAACGUCGAAGAAUUUCUGACACUUAACGUAGCGACUUCUUAUCACGUUCGUACAAAAAGAAAAGAAUAAAAUAAUAGUCGGUUUAUUUGAUACAAUAGUAUAUAUUAUAUAAUAUAAAACAAAAGCAUUAUUGCGGCCGUUAUGUACAAAGAGCCUUUGUAACUGAUAUUUAAUUUACAACUGAAUAAUAAAGACGUGAUGAUAAUCACACCAAAAAAUAAA